GGCAGAAGCUCUGGCCGAAGCCGGUCCUCCUCACUCAGCCGCCCCUUGGCUUCUUUAUUUCCCCUGCUGCCGCCUUCCUCCCUUUCUCUCUUCCUUCUUUCCUGGCGGCGGAGGCGGUGGUUCCUUGGAAGCCGGGCUGGAGGGCUGGGGGACGGCGGAGGCGAAGGCGGCGCUCAGGUAAGGCAGCAGGAACUGUCAAACUCUAGAAGUGAUUACAGCUGACUGGCAUUUAAUAGGAUGAAGACACUUGUGAAGAUGGCAUGCCCAAGAAAUUUUAAAAGGUGCAGACCACCUGAUUGAAGAUGGUGGUUCUGUGAUUUACCCCAUUUGAUUAGUAAUUUGCUACUGUCCCAUAAACAAGUCAUGAUUACAUUAACUGAACUCAGAUGUUUAGCAGAUGCUCAAUCUUCAUACCACAUCUUGAAACCAUGGUGGGAUGUCUUCUGCUAUUACCUCACCAUGAUAAUGCUGCUUGUUGCUGUCCUUGCUGGGGCCCUCCAGCUCACUCAAACUAGAUUAUUAUGUUGUCUUCCUUGCAAGCUCGAGUUUGACAAUCAUUGUGCAGUGCCUUGGGAUCUGGUGAAAAGCAACAUUAAUGUAUCCUUCAGCUCUGCAAUUCCUGUAACACGCCCUCUAAGAAUCCAGAAUUACCUUCAUCGACAGCAGUAUUCCUACAUUGAUGCCGUGUGUUAUGAGAGAGAACUUCACUGGUUUGCUAAAUUUUUUCCAUACUUAGUGCUUCUCCAUACUUUCAUUUUUGCUGCUUGCAGUAAUUUUUGGCUUUACUAUCCCAGCACAAGUUCUAGGCUAGAGCAUUUUGUAGCCAUUCUUCACAAAUGUUUUGAUUCUCCCUGGACUACCCGUGCCCUGUCAGAAACAGUUGCUGAACAAUCUGUGAGGACUCUGCCACUCUCCAAAUCUAAAAAAUUUAUCUCCUCCCCAAGCAAUUUAACAGAAUUGGACAGCAAGCGGCAGUCUGUGUCCUAUUCGCAAACUGGACUGGAAACAGCUGGAAGAGAGAGCUCCUCAAAUGUUCUAGACAGAAAAGAAGGAGAACAAGCAAAAUCAAUAUUUGAAAAAGUGAAAAGAUUCAGAGUGCAUGUUGAACAGAAGGAUGUAAUUUAUCGAGUGUACCUGAAACAGAUUGUGGUCAAAGUCAUUGUGUUUAUAUUAAUAAUGAUUUAUGUCCCCUAUUAUUUAACUUUUAUUACACUAGAAAUUGACUGUAUCGUUGAUAUUCAAGUCUUUACUGGCUAUAAGAGAUACCAGUGUGUCUAUUCAUUAGCUGAAAUUUUUAAAGUGCUAGCAUCAUUUUAUGUUAUUCUGGUGAUCUUCUAUGGUCUGACAUGCACUUACAGUCUGUUAUGGAUGGUGAGAAGUUCACUUAAACAAUAUUCUUUUGAGAAGUUGAGAGAACAAAGUAAUUACAGCGAUAUCCCGGAUGUAAAAAAUGACUUUGCAUUUAUUCUUCAUCUAGCUGACCAGUAUGAUCCCCUGUAUUCUAAGCGGUUCUCAAUAUUUCUUUCUGAAGUGAGUGAAAAUAAGUUGAAACAAAUCAGUUUAAACAAUGAAUGGUCUUUGGAAAAACUGAAAAGCAAAUUGAUACGAAAUUCCCAAGACAAAAUGGAACUCCAGCUUUUUAUGCUUAGUGGUCUUCCAGAUGAUGUCUUUGAACUUACAGAGAUAGAAGUUCUAACCCUAGAACUUAUUUCUGAGGUUAAACUUCCUUCAUCUGUAAAUCAACUAUCCAGUCUCAAGGAACUGAAUGUUUACCAUUCAUUAUUAACUGUUGAAUUCCCAGCACUGAACUUUCUAGAAGAGAAUCUUAAAAUCCUACGUCUGAAAUCAGCUGACCUGGGAAAGAUUCCACGCUGGGUCUUCUAUUUAAGAAACCUACAGGAAUUGUAUUUGACUGGAUGUUAUGUGCUAGAAACCCAGAAUGGUUUCUAUAAUGAGGGCUUUCAGGAUCUUGUGAAUCUGAAAACAAUUUACUUAAAGAGCAACCUUUCCCGCAUACCUCAGGUGGUUACAGACCAGCUGCCUUCACUACAGAAGUUAUCUAUUGAUAAUGAGGGGAGGAAACUGCUAGUUUUAACCAACUUGAAGAAACUGCUAAACCUGAGAACCUUGGAGUUGAUCAGCUGUGACUUGGAGCGCAUUCCACAUUCUAUCUUCAGCCUGAACCAUUUGCGAGAACUCGAUUUGAAAGAAAACAAUCUCAGAACAGUCGAAGAAAUCAUUAGCUUCCAACACCUUGAGAAUCUUUCUUGCCUGAAACUGUGGCACAACAACAUCUCAUACAUCCCAGUACAAAUUGGAACCUUAGCAAACCUGGAGCAACUCUACUUAAAUCACAAUAACAUUAAAAAAAUCCCACCACAGCUCUUUCUUUGCAAAAAGUUACAUUAUUUGGAUCUUAGUUAUAACAAACUGACUUCUAUUCCUGAUGAAAUCCAGUAUUUAACAAAUCUUCAGUACUUUGCUGUAACAAAGAAUCAUAUUGAGGUACUUCCGGAUGAAUUGUUUCAGUGCAAAAAGCUGCAGUAUCUCCUCCUCGGAUAUAACAGCCUGAUGCAUUUGUCUCCUCAAGUUGGUGAACUCUCGAACCUUCUUCAGCUGGAGCUCAAAGGAAACUACCUGGAAUCACUUCCUGCUGAGCUAGAGGAAUGUAAUGCUCUGAAACGGAGUUGCCUAAUUGUAGAAGAAUGCUUGUUAAAUACACUUCCCCUUCGAGUGACAGACCUUGUUCAGAUAUGCUUGGACAAAGUCUGAGUGAGUGAGUGAGUGAGUGAGUGAGUGAGUGAGUGAGUGAGUGGUUCUGACUGCAUAGGCAGAAUCCUCUGGAACAUUUUAGGUCAUAGCUGUAAAGGAAGGUAUAGAUUGAAAGAAGGGAAAUGCAAGUUUGCAGCUAUGUGUAGUUUGUUUCAGGUCUUCAGCUCUCUACAUUACUCAAGGUUCUGUUGAUAAGAAAUUCACAUUUAAGUCUUAAAACAAAGAAAAGCCCAUGCAUGCCAAGAAUAUGCAUGCAUCUCAUGAAAAAAAAUUGAAAUGUAAUUGACUGCAAUGUUAAUAGUAUUUUCAUUACUUUGGAGUGGCUGGAGAUAGAAGGACAUUAUUAUUUGAGUCUUGUAAGGGUUACCUCUCCAUGCCACUCUUCUUGAAGCAGCAGUUCUUAAAUACUGUUUAUAAGGGCCAAAAAUUAUAGCUUCUUUAAUGUUUUUACUACGGGCAUAUUGCUGGGGUGGAUUGGAAUAGGGGUUAUCAGUAAAGGUUGUCCUGCAUAAAGCACCACUUUUUUUUCUUACACUAGGAAAUAAUUUCAGAAUUAAAUAUCUUCAUUUAUUUAUGAAACAGUUCAUCAGGAGAUAGUACACACGUACACACACACACACACACACACACACACACACACGGGAAAUUCCACUGAGAAGCUCCUGGGCUUUGCCCAGAAUUAUCCCCACUAAAUGCCAUCUGGACUAAUUUAUUUUACAUCGCUUUAAAAUAGAGAUAAUGGAAUCAAUUGUCUGUACAUAGUGGAAUACAACUGGACCUGAUUUUAAGAUUAAAUCUAAGUCUUGGAGAACUAUGCAAGGUUUUACAUUCAACAUGAUAGGUGUCACCUAAUUUGUGUUAUGCUUAUUAUGUGUGCAUGUGCUUGCCUACACAAGUGUAGCUUUCUAAUGCUUGCCUCUAAUCCUGGGCAGCAGUAGAACUUUAAUGUGAUAUAAGGCAUUGUUUUUUGUGGUUUUGUAUUACCCAGUUUUUCAGUCCUUCCCUAACUGGAGUAAUGAUGUCCUCCUGGGAGAGGAUUUCAAAGGUGUAUAUUAAGUUAUAUAAACCAGUAAGGGGGAAACGACAGUUAAGCACUUGCAAAUUGUAUGGAGUAUUUUUAGAAAAAGAAAAAUAGAUAAUGUUAAGAACUGGACUUAGAUGUUCCUAUACGUUUGUCACAUAUUCAUUAGGAGAUGUCUUUAGAAAGUUGAUAUCAAAUCAUGUUACAACAACCUUAAUUGUCACGUAAUUGUCGCUAAUGCAGAUAAAAUGCAAAUAUAGUUUUGCGUCCUCACCCACCCUGUGGGAUCACCACCCUCAGUAUAGGUUACUGUAAAGGAUGCUCCUGCUAAAAGAGAAAAGGAAAGUGAUUUUUGACCAUUCUUCCCUCCCUCAGGCCCCUAUACGUUU